GCAUCGCUGUGAGGUGCCAGAUAAGCAGUUCCUGACAAGGCUAAGUACUUGUUAAGUCAUGCUACAUGUAAACUGUGCUUUGAUGGAAUAAGCAGCUAGAGUAGAUGGAGACAGAUGCUGUUGCUGCUGUUUUGAUGCUGACAGUAGCAUGUUUUGAUCAACAAGCUACGAUAAUGGCUACUUCAGUAGACAGGCACGUAAGAAAAUGGCCAGCUGCAAAGACGGACUUCUUUGUGGACUUAAACCACCUGACAGAGACUGAGAGGGAUAUCAUUCUUAAUGUACUGCACAAAGAUGAAGAAUUACAAAAAGCUGAAGAGAAAAGAAUCAACAAAUUACGGGCAGAUAUACAGUUAUUGCGAAGACAGGGGGCCUUGAAGCCAGGCCAGGAUGCUGAGAAGACUUGCACUAGAUGCCGUAGUGAGCUGGGCAUUCUGUUCAACACUGGCGCCUUCUGCCCCAACUGCCAUGCCAAAGUGUGUAAACUAUGCAGGGAAGCGGUCCCAGAAGAGGAAGAAGGAUGGGUGUGUACGCUGUGUUACAAACAGAGGCAAAUCAAAAUGCAGUCAGGGGAAUGGUUCUAUAGCAACCUUAUAGCAAAUACUGAUAAAGUAAGCAGUGGUCAGAGCGGGAAGGUUGUGCUUCUUGGCUCCGACAUUGUCAGGGCUUCCAUACGCAGAGGUGGCAAAGCUCGUACUGUAAGAGAGACCUCCUUCAACAGUAGCAUUGAUGAAGAAUGCAGUGAUACCCAGAGUACAGCUGAUGGCAAUCGCUCAGACUCUGCUGAGAAGAGAAAACUGUUGGACUUGGUGAAAGGAUUAAAAAAUGACUCACCUGAGCAACAGCGUGUGGUGGUAAAAAAAGUAACCUCAAAAGGCCUGGCAGACGAUUCUGACAGUAGUGACAGUGGACCCGACUCACCAAAACUAUCCUCACAAAGAAGAAGUCCCUCUUUAAAGAGCUCUUCCGCUAUCUCUAGUGAUCGCACUACAAUCAUCUCCACUUCUGAUGAAGAAACUCCAUCAAGGACUCCUGAUGUUAAACAGAAAUCCAAGCACAGGCCCCCAGGGGGACAUGACAUUCAGAUGGAUGAUGUCCAGGCUUACAAGGUCAGAGGUCAAGGUCAGUUAAACAUAGACAAAAUUAAUAAUCAUCCUCCAACUAAAAAUAGGUAUGAUUUACAAGGUCUGAAAGAAUCCAACAAUAACUCUGUCCCACUUAGCCAAGAAGAGGAGGGGCUUGAGAGGACAGAUGAGACUGAGGAUUUUACUGUGGAAGAACUGACGCAAAUUAAGUUCAAGCGCUGUUCGUCUAGACGGGACAAUGGCUCAAAUGCAUCUGCCAGGGUUUCAAAACAAAGCUCAUUUGAUGCUCAGCUACAAGGAGGAUUUGAUGCAUCGCUUCCACCUGUGGACUCUAGUUGUGAAGACCGCUCCUCUGUUGACUCUCAAACUGGGGAGGAGGAACAUAGCUGGGCGGGACAGCAACCGUCAUCAUACUCAACUAACUUUCCUGAUGGGCCCUACUCAGGUACUAAUCCUUCUCUUAAGUCUAACCACAGUAGUAGCCACCCGCUUGCUAAUAAACCCUCCUCUAGAUCUGUAGCUAGCCAUGGCCAGAUUCUACCCCAGCAUGAAGGGAAGGGAAAGGGUGGUGAAGAGAAUGAGGCAGGGAAGCCUUCAGCUAAUAGACCUAGAUACCCACUUGCAAAGAGUAAUAGCUUUGAGAACCCAUUAAAAGACAGCUGCUGUUCUCGAUUCCGACAGCAACCACGAGUCUGA